CCCGGCCGAUCAAUAAACAGUAUCCAACUGCAAGAAAUAUAUUCAACCUUUUGAUAUAAAAGGCAUGGUCACCGGUACCAUCUAUAUCACUUUCAUAGUAGCAUCAAUUCAGUGUUUGAGCGCCUUCAAGCAACUUAACAGACAACAUGUUCAAAUUCGUAGUUCUCGCCGUUGUGAUUGGAUUAGCAUCUGCCCAACAUGGUACCCCGGAAGCUGCAGCUGAAAUCCGCAGUUUUGCCAGUGAUAUCAGUCCCGAUGGUUCAUACCAAUGGUCAUUCGACACCAGCAAUGGCAUUGCUGCUCAAGAACAAGGUGUAGGUAGUGUGAAAGCUGCUGGUGCUUCCUCUUACACUUCCCCAGAAGGAAUUCCAAUUCAACUUACCUACACUGCUGAUGAAAAUGGUUUCCACCCAGAAGGUGCUCAUCUUCCAGUCCCACCACCAAUUCCAGAGGCCAUUAUCAGGUCUUUGCAAUGGAAUGCCGCUCAUCCAGAAGAGGAGCGUGAAUACAUUCAAGGACCAGGAGCUGCUUACAAGCGUUCUUAAGUUUGUGACAUUGAAAGCUAAUCUGUGGUAGUAUUAAGCUUUUGUAAAUAAUAUUUUUUAUAAAAAAUAAUUUGAAAAUAA